AUGCUCCUCCACUCGGCUAUCCGCCGCCAUGCUCUUCUUCCCUUGUCCCGACUUUUCUUCUCCACCUCAACUUCCUCACCCCUUUCAGGCGGGGGCAUCUCUUCUCGUGAUCCUCACUUCAUGGUCGAGUUCCUCGUGAACUCGUGCGGAUUCUCCAUGGAGGAGGCGUCGAAGGCCUCCAAGCCCCUCGCGCAUCUCCAAUCGACCGAGAAUCCCGAAGCUGUGCUUGCUUUCUUCAGAUCUCAGGAAUCGGACCUCGUUUAUGCCAUUUUGAAUAACCCCACCAUCAUGUCACUCAACGUCCAGCAUACUCUUCUUCCCAGAUUGAAUGUAUGGGAAAGUCUCUUUGGAUCAAGGGAGCUGCUCCUCAAGAAUCUUAGGAAGCGGUAUUGGUUUUUGAGCAGCAACAUUGAGAAUGUGGUACGUCCUAACCUGAACUUCUUACGGGAUGAGUGUGAUAUUCCUCUCGAAAGGGCAUCACUUAUCCUCAAAAUACAUCCAACUUUCAUUGUACAAAACCCAAACUCAUUACGGGCUUUGGUAGAUAGAGCGGAGGGAAUGGGAUUUACUAGGAGAUCUCGAAUUUUCCUCUGGAUCCUUGACAUUCUGUCUAGGACCAGCAGAGAAAAAGUUGACGCUCACUCCAAGCUCAUGAACAGCUUUGGGUGGUCGGACUCUGAGUUCUGUACUGCAAUCGAGAAACAACCAAACAUUAUGCAUUAUUCCACAGAUUUAUUGCGGAUAAAGAUGGAAUUUUUGAUCAAGGAUAUUGGGCUUACUCCAUCAGACAUUGCUAGCCGGCCAAAGUUUUUAGCAUUAAGUUUGAAGAAGAGGUUGAUUCCUCGGUUUCAGGUGAUGAAGAUAUUAGAAUCAGAAGAGUUAUGGACUUCGAAAGGCAAGCUAAAUAUGUUUUUCAUAAUGCCAGACCCAAAAUUUAUGAAGAAGUAUAUUCUUCCUUACAAAGAUAAAUUUCCUAAACUUCUUGAGAUCUUGUGCGCUGUAGCUGAAUGA